CACAAGAGCCAAGACUUUUAUUUUCUUUUCUUCCUUCCUAUAUUCUCAGUGUCUAGAACAGUGCUUGGUCUGUGGCAUUUGUUCAGGAAAGCCCUGUUGAAUGAAUGAUUUAAUUGCCAGAUGGAUCCUUCUCCUAUAGUACCCAACAGUAGCAACUUUAUAUAACCACCAGUCAUCUUCACUUCAUCCCUAAAUUUCUCUUUUCCCACUGAGAUGUGUUUCCUGUUUGAGUGUACUACCAUGGAUCUGGAAGCCAGAUUUUUGGAUCAUAGAAAUAUUUCCCCCACUCCUAGGUUAAUGGAUUGGUUUCACUGCAACCAGUGUUUCCGAAAAGAUGGAGCCCAUUUCUUUGUCACCAGCUGUGGCCAUAUUUUCUGUAAAAAGUGUGUGACUCUGGAAAAAUGUGCUGUUUGUGGAACUGCCUGCAAGCAUCUGGCUCUUUCUGAUAACCUGAAACCUCAGGAGAAGAUGUAUUUCAAAAGCCCUGUGGAGACAGCUUUGCAGUAUUUUAAUCACAUCUCCCAGCAGGUGUGGAGUUUCCAGAAGAAACAAACAGAUCUCCUUAUUGCCUUUUAUAAGCAUAGAAUUACAAAGUUAGAAGCAGCUGUGCAGGAGGCACAGCAAACUGUGACCAGCCAGGACAAAGAGCUGUCAGUCUUAAGGAAGGAGAAUGGAGAACUGAAGAAAUACCUAGCCAUCUUAAAGGAAUCUCCAAGUUGGUACCAAGGAAGCAGAUCAACUACACCCCGACCAGUGGGUAUUACUUCCCCGUCACAGUCAGUUACUCCACGACCCAGUUCUCAGCAUAGCAGCCAAGUGGUCAGCCGGUCCUCCUCAGUGGAGUCUAUCCCUUACAGAGUGGCUGGCUUUGGUAGCUUGGGACAAGGAGCCAGAGGCCUGCAGGGAAGGAGCACUCCCAGAGACUCUUUUACUGAAACCCCUUCACCAGCUUCCACUCACAGCCUAUCUUACAGACCUUCAUCUGCCUCCUCUGGACAAGGGAUCUUUUCUUUCAGACCAUCCCUAAAUGGAGUCCUCACCCCCAACAGUUCAGGUCAGAGGGAGAGGAGAACCACACCAGAGAGCCUUCCUGGUUUCCAGCUACCAGUCCUGCAGAUCGCGUACAACUACUCCCCAUGUUUCCUCUUGAAGGAAGACUUUUUGAGCAUCCCCUUGCCAGCCUUACACUCGAGCCGCGCCUUCCCAGCCGAGGGCCCAACCGCUGUCAGCAGCGUCACUGUAAACGAAGCGCCUAGAGCAACCAGGAACUUGUUCGAGAUGGAUCAAAUGUCUUGCCACCCGGAAAGACGAGGAUGCUAGCAGCCCGGCGCCUUUGGCCCCUUCCCGGGUCCAGCUUGCAUCGGACAGGUGUUCUCAAAAACGAAGCGCUGGAGGGAUCACCUCCUUGCAAACCACCCCUCUCUGCCCUAAUAAAGAAGACCUGGAGCUCUGCCUCAUAUUUCGGGACCUUGGUUUUCACUGUCAAGGAAGGGAUGACAAUAAAAUAUACUUUUCACCAAAGCAGUAUUCCACACACUCCGAAGUUCUAGGCCAAAAGUUUGCAUAUUUGGGAUUCUCACUCUUCUGACUAAAACUUGGGAACAAUACUUUCUGAAGUGACUCUUCUGUUCUCAUGCUGGUCUUUGAAAAAGUCUCUUCUUACUUAUUUAGGUCACUUAAUAGCUUAUAUAGUAGUUACAAUAAUUUAUAAAGCAAUUUCAGACUUUGCCCUAUAUUUUGCAGACCUCACCUCUCCCCAUAUACCCACCAAAAGCCAGCCGCCAUAACUGCUACUUCUGAUUCUUCAUCGCUCUGCUUUAAGGUCUAGAGCUCUUUCAGGGUUGCCAGACAUCAGAAAUAUUAUCUCUACUUCAGCAAUGAGCCCUAUUUUCUGUUGCUGGUCUUGUGUUUGCCCCUGCCUCCCCCCUCUCCCUUAUUACAUUCAGUAACAAUCUCAACUCCUAAAAGUCAGCCCCACGUCCUUCAAACUAGUAUCCAGCAAAAGCAUCAUAGGCGUAAACAACAGAAAGACAUAUACUCAGUUUUAAAUUCAGGAAGUUUUGAUCCCUCAGAGUUUAAGCCAGGGCUGAUAGUAUAUACAGACCUUUUCCUGAAUCGUGACUAUUACAAUGCCCCAAUGAUUUGUAUGUAAUGAAGGAAGGGAAAAGUGAAACAUUUUAGGCAGCGGCAGCCCUCAGUUUUCAGUGGAGAGGUCAUUCUCUCAUAAUCCAAACAAUUCAUGAAACUGGAUUAACUCGGAAGAACUCAUGGUGGUUUGGUUGGGAAGCCAGGCAGGCACUGUCUGUGGGAUUUAGCGCCUGCCCCUGGAGGGUUCAGUUAGGCAUUCUGGCAUCACUGACCGUGGCCUUAGAAUAUGAAAGGUGGAGUAGGGAGCAGAAUCAAAGACAAAUUUAGGAGAGGGAAAAUCCCUCUCCUAAAAGGAAAAAAGGAGAAGAAAUUCCUUUGCCCCAGUUCUGGAGUGCAGGCUGAAGCCUCCCUCUGUUACGUGAGUUUUACCCUAAGCUUUAGAAGAUGGAGUGGAAUGGGGCGGGGGAGUGGAAGACAAGAAGAGAUCCAGGCUAACAAUAUCAGAGAGGGGAGGAUCCCACCUUUAGCAAGACAAUAACACUCCCAGCUCUCCCAGAGACUAGUGCUGAAUAAUGGGGACUCAUUAUGUUAUCUCAACAUGGAGAUGUUAAUCCCCCAUCUUUGAUGAAAAUUCUCUCUCCCUUUGCAUGGCUCAGAUAGUAGCAGGACUGACCAGAGGCCCAUUGACCCUAUAGCUAAGCAAGCUGAAGUUUCAGGGUCCUCCCUUGCACAGACCUCUUCCAAAGCACUGGAGGAGCCCCAGCAAGUGUUAAUGUAGUCAGUUUUUGUAAAAUUUGAAAAAAAUAUUUGAACUGCAAUUGGUUAAGGUUGAUGUCUCUUUCCUUUCUGACUUUCCCUCCAUCACACUUCCCCUUUUGUCAGGUGGUGGUGGAGAGGCCAUGGGCAUUUUAGGAUUGGCUAAGGAAGCUGAGUUGGGGAUACAUUAAGUUUGGGUUUAGUACGUAUACAUCUCUGGUUUGCAGCUUCUGUGAAUAGUUAAAUAGUAGGUAUAGUGUUAUGGGCUGAACUGAGUUCCCCUAAAUUCAUGUUAAAGUCGGAACUCCCAAUACAUCAGAAUGUAACUGUAUUUGACGAUAGGGUCUGUAAAAAGCCAAUUAAGUUAAAAUGAGGUCUUUAGGGUAAAUCCUAAUCCAAUAUGACUGUUGUCCUUAUAAGAGGAAAUUUGGACACAGACAUGAACAGAGGAAAGACCAUGUGAAGACAUAGGGUGAAGAUGGCUGUAAGCCAAGGAGAGAGGACCCUCAGAAUGAAAUCAACCAUGCUGACACCUUAUCUCAGACUUCUAGCCUCUAGAACUGUGAGGAUUUCUGUUGUUUAAGCCACGCAGUCUGUAGCAUUUUGUUAAUGCAGCCCUAGCAAACGAAUGCAUAAAGCUUCCAGGAAUGAUCCUAAUGUCAGCAAUUCAGAGCAUAUGACAUUAGUCACUGCAAAUUUGAAAUGCUCCAAAAUCUUACACUACAUAUACCAAAGAAAUGUGAUAGUUUUGUCCCCAAGUUUGACAAAAAUCCUUAAAAAUUAUGACAUUAUCGCUUACAAAGUGUGAAGGCAAAACUUUUCUAAAUUAUCAAGAAUUUUUAAAAAAUGAUCAUGUAGAGGACUGAAAUACCUUUCUCCACUCUUUAUAGAAAACAUAUAUAGUAAUCACAUGAAAAGGUUAUCUAAGAGCAUGCAGCUAAAAGCAAAAUUGUAGGAAAAAAUAUAUAGGUUUGCCAGGUAGAUAACUUUUUAAAAUUUUUCUUGACUUUGUGGUAUUUGUC